UAUCACUCGUUGUGCGCGACUGGCUGGACCUGGUGAUCGUGUCUGUUUUAUCGCCUGAGAUAAAAAGCACGUGGCCGCGCCGAAGAGAAGUUUUUCACGCAGACGACGAUCGUGAUGACGACGGAGAGCGUCGUCGGGCCGAUCGUGGGCACGGAAGUGCCCCACGUGUCGAGCGAGAAUGGCCGCGGAAGUAUCAUGGACGGCGCGAUCGAUUUCAUCGCCGGUUCACUCGGCGGUGUAGCACUCGUUUACGUAGGUCAACCGUUAGACACGGUGAAAGUAAAGAUGCAGACUUUUCCGUCCAUGUACAAAGGCAUGGUAAAUUGCUUUUUGCGUACAUUAAAGACUGAUGGUAUCGCGAGGGGUUUGUAUGCCGGUACGAUUCCGGCGAUAGUCGCUAAUGUAGCGGAGAACUCGGUAUUGUUCGCAGCGUACGGCGGAUGUCAAAAGGCAAUUGCUCAUUUGUCAGGUGUGCAGAAUGUGAAAGAGCUAAGCUCCUUCAGCAAUGCCUGGGCUGGUUUCUUUGCCGCAUUCUUUUCCUCGCUAACGCUAUGCCCGACGGAACUGAUAAAAUGCAAGCUGCAGGCUAUGAAGGAAGUCGAACAGACGCAAGCAUUAAAAUCUACCACAGGAAAAUACAUGAAAUCUGGUAUAGGACCAUGGAGUUUAACGAAGCAGAUUCUUAAGGAGGAAGGUGUAAGAGGCAUGUUCAGGGGUCUGACGUCAACCAUAGCUCGCGAAAUGCCAGGUUAUUUCUUUUUCUUUGGCGGCUAUGAAGCCACGAGGGAGUUGCUAGCUGCAAAGGGUCAGAACAGGGAUGACAUUGGCUGGCAAAAGACGAUGGUGGCUGGCGCAGUCGGUGGCGCGAUGCUCUGGCUAGCAAUAUUUCCAGCAGACGUUGUUAAAAGUAGAAUACAGGUGCAGAAUUUGAAAACACCCACUUUGAUAGUUUUCAAAGAUAUCGCACGAAAAGAAGGUAUUGGUGCGUUGUACAAUGGACUGAUACCGACCUUAAUCAGAACAGUACCAGCGACCGCAACAUUGUUCGUCACUGUCGAAUAUACAAAGAAACUUAUGCACAACUAUUUCUAAAAUCGAUUUUAACAUUUCCGUUUCCUCGUGACCUGAUAGAUAUCUCCCAAGAUAUCUUAAAUUACGCGCAAAAGUACUACUUCUAAACAAUGUGUAAAAUCAUAUAUUACGCAAAUUUAAUGUCGCCUAAGUCUGUAAAUAUAAGAAAAUGAUGUAUAUACAAUGUAAUAUAAGAAAUAUUUUAUAUUACACAAGAAAUAUUUUUCCCAAUAAAAGAUAUACAAGAG